AUGGCGAAGCCUUCGGAGCCUGGUACCCAACCCAUCGAUCCCGAAACAGUCGAUCCCGUACCCAGUACAAGCCAAGAACCUGCCGCUGUCGAAGCUGGAAGCAGGGGAGAUCCUGCAGACUCCCGUGAUGCACUGCCUUUGAUCAAGUACCUGGCCAGCCUCAACGCGACCGUCGUAUCCGGACUCAUGGGUUACAUCGCCGCCAACGAUGCCGCUUCCAUUGUCAGCCAGCCACGCUUGCAAGGUCCGGCGCCGAUAGAUCCAAUGGUCUGGCAAAAGCAGGUGCGGACCCAUCAGUGUACGCUCCAAGAUGCAGCCGGAGAAAUCGCGAAGACGUGCACAAGUUUAAUGGCACUUCCUGCUCAUAAGAAGCUGUUCACGAUUGCCAGUUACAAAGCACUCCUUUGGGCAGGCCUCUUGGAACUUGAGCCGCUCAUGAAUGUAGUCGAUUCAUACCCUGCUUUCGUUAACGACUUCAAGCUGCCGGGUGGGGAUGAACUACGCCGCCUCCAAGGUUCGCUCGACGCACUCACCGUUUUCCGAGACGGCCAUGCCGAGGGUUUAGGCGACGGUUGGCUUAGGGUGUAUGAGGAUGCGAAGCAGUUGGUGGAACAGCAGGUGGGUCAAGCUGAGCCAGACAGCCAGAUGACGGAUGUAAGUGACCGCGAGACCCUUGCGUAG